AUGGCGUCGGGAAAUCCGAUUCUAAUCACUGCAGGACCGUUUCAAUUCCUAGCAAAGUUCGAGUCCGAUGCUCCAAAGACAGUGGCAGCUUUCGCAUCUGUCCUUCCCUAUCACCAGAAACUCAUCCACGUUCGUUGGAGCGGCGAAGGUCUGUGGAUCCCACUGGGCGAGCAUGACUUUCAUGUAAGCUACGAGAACCACACAUCUCAUCCGGCAGCUGGGCAGAUCCUUCUGUACCCUGGAGGCUUCUCCGAGACCGAAAUUUUGUUUUGUUAUGGAGGGGUGUCUUUUGCGAGCAAGAUGGGCCCUUUGGCCGCAAACCACUUCUUGACCAUUGUCGAGGGCCAAGAGAACUUGAGAGCAUUGGGGGAAAUGGUGCUAUGGAAAGGGGCCCAGGAUGUUACUUUCGAAGCAGCCGAUUCUGAAAAAAUUGAAAAAUUUCGACAGAAGAGAGUUUCCGCAGCCAGAAAACUUGAAAAGCCAGGGCCAAAGCUUUGA